UCAGAGUUCCUGCACACUCGCACUGACGACGCUUCCCGCACCCAGCAGCUAGCCAGUGAAGCAUCAGAUCCCAGGAUGAGCCAGGAGGAGCGACUGAGGACACAGCCGGCGAACCCCGACGGCCCGGGCCAGGACCGACCGGGCGGCGGCGGCGCCGUCCUCUACGGCGACGUGUUCGCCGUGGAGGGCGAGCUGGCGAGGACGCCCAUCGCGCCGCAGGACGCGGCCAUGAUGCAGGCCGCCGAGAGCGCAGUGCUCGGGCGGGCGCCCAGGGGCGGGACCGCCGCCGUCAUGCAGCUCGCGGCCCGGCGCAACGAGCGCCUCGGCGUGGUGGCGCGCGGCGAGGCGGCCACCGACGGCGCCGCCGCCGAGUGCGGGGUCGCCGUCACCGAGGCGCGCGUGCCGGGCGCCCGCGUCGUCACGGAGUUCGUCGCCGACCAGCCUGUCGGGCAGUACAUCGAGGCGGCGGAGGAUGAUGACCCCGCCGAUGGCGCCGCAGCAGAAGCAGGCGAGCUCGGAGGCGGCUGCCGGGGCCCUGGCGGAGCGGUGAGGGACGGAACGAAGAUCACGAUCGGCGAGGCGCUGGAGGCGACGGCGUUCUCGGCGGGCGACCAGCCCGUGGAGCCGAGCGACGCGGCGGCGAUCGCGGCCGCCGAGGCGCGAGCGAGCGGGGCGGACGAGGCGCCGCCGGACGGGCUCGCCGCGCGGGCGCGCGCGGCCGCGGACGCCAACGCCAACGCCGUGGCGCGGCGCGACGAGGACAGGGCCACGCUGCGCGACGUCCUCGCGGACGCGACGUUGAGGCUGGGCGCGGACAAGGAGGUGGAGCGGGAGGACGCGGCGCGGGUGGUGGGCGCCGAGGUGAGCGGCGGCGGCCCCGACGCGGCGGCGCGGCCCGGCGGGGUGGCCGCGUCCAUCGCCGCCGCCGCGCGGCUCAACCGCGGCCGGCAGUAGCCUCGCACCGUCGUCGUCAGCUCCCA